AAUCUCUACGACAAAGUGGCGACAGGUAAUCAAGGUUUAAAAGAUGUGGUCAUGGCGUUAAAAUGGGUCCAGAAAAAUAUAUCACAGUUCGGAGGAGACCCAGAAAAUGUCACUAUCUUCGGCGAAAGUGCUGGUGGAGGCAUCGUACAUUACCUAACUCUGUCUCCGUUAGCGAAAGGUUUAUUUCAUAAAGCAAUAGCACAAAGUGGAGUCGCAAGGAAUCCUUGGGCUUUUACCGAAAAACAACAUUCGAUAAACAAAGGUUUUCGGCUCGCCGAAUUACUCGGAAAAGCGACCGCGGAUCCAAAAGUCGCUUAUGAGUUUCUUAAAACAAUCGAUGCCAAAAAGCUUAUAGACAUGACACAGAAAUCUCUCUUGACAGAAGCAGAGCGUCUACAGUAUAACAUGACAUUUACGCCUACUGUAGAUCACGAAUCAUCAAAUCCAUUUUUCCCGGAAGAUCCAGAAACGUUCUUGAGUCGCGAGGCGAAAGUACCAUUACUUUUGGGUUUUACCAGUUGCGAGGGAUCAGCCAUUAUAUGCGGUAAAGGUUUCGGACGUAAGUUUUGUUUCUAUCUUUAUUAAAUAUUUAACAUUAUUAAUCACUUCAAAUAUAA